AUGUUCCUUACGCGUUUCGACACUUCGCGUUCACCACCGUUUUUUGUCGCCCACUCCCUGCUGCCUGCACUGAUCACUGCCACCAAAUCAGAUGAAUUAGCCAACAUGACGACAUUUGUGCCACCGCUGCGAGAUCCUCGGAUGGCCCAGUCGGCAGCUGCGCAAGCUGUGGGACGGCUGGCUGCGGAUCGUUGUAUCCCUCUUGUCGAACCCCCGCCUCCAGGCGUCCCCGCCACCCCCAUCUCCCUCAUCCUUCCCGGUCUAAAGCGGCGUCUCAAACAGACUUUCUGCCAGCCUAAAAAUAUUCAAGUCAAUCCUCUUUUAUGGAUAUUCAAGGCUGUGGUACUGCCUGAACUGAAUUCCGGAGAGGAUCUCGUUCUACCCAGACCCGAGAAACACGGCGGUCCCAUCACUCUGAAUCCUUCCACCUGCAGUGGAGUCGGUUGUCAAUUGGACAAUCUCUUCAGCGCCGAGCUCUGGCAUCCAGGCGAU